CAAAUGUAAACAUCGAUAAUGUCUUCAUUCUCUGAUCAAAAUUUUGCCAAGAAACUCAGUGACUUGAAUAAUACUCAGCAGAGCAUCCAAACUCUGUCACUCUGGUUGAUACAUCAUCGAAAACAUGCAAAAUCUAUUGUGAACGUGUGGUAUCGGGAGCUGUUGACCGUUCGUGCCAGUCAAAAGCUGACUUUCCUGUAUUUAGCAAAUGAUGUCAUACAAAACAGCAAGAAGAAAGGCCCGGAGUUUCAGAGAGAAUUUGCUGCCAUUUUGGUAGAAGCCUUUGGCACUGCAGCUAAAGAUGCUGACAGUAAAAUGACAAAAUCUUUGGAGAGGUUGCUGAACAUCUGGCAAGAACGAGGCAUUUAUGACAAAGAGCUAAUUAAACAGGCCAGACACAGAUUGACCAAAGGUGGGAAGUACAGAGCUCUUAGGAAUUUCAAACAAGCAAACUCAGGCUCAGAACCUCCGGCCCCUAAAAAGAAGAAGCAGGAGCCCAUACUGUCUUUACUGGAGGAGGUGGAAAAAGAGCCAGGAGUAGGCGUCCCAGAGGCUGAUGUGUUGGUGAAGGCCCUAUCUGAUCUGGACAGUGCUGCCUCUAGUGACGCCGCUGUCAGAGAGAAGAUUGCUGCUCUCCCCCCAGAAGUCUCCGAUAUUUCAAACCUGGACAAGUUGCAGGAUAAAGAAGCUGCAGAAAAGCUAUCCAACUCAGUCGACGCUGCUUGUUGCAUGUUGAUCGAGUACAAUGGAAGAUUGGCUGCAGAGUUAGAAGAUCGAAAACAAGUGGCUAAAUCACUGCGGGCCUUCAUCGCCGAGCAGAAAAAUCACCUGAUCAGUGACGAGAAAAGAUUAGCCGAGUACAGGUUAAAGCUGUCUAAUGUGACGAGUGUGAGACAGGAAUUACAGGCACACAUUCAAAAUCUACCUGACCUCACCCUACUUCCUGACGUGACCGGGGGCCUGGCCCCACUGCCUUCUGCCGGGGACCUCUUCAAUGUAGAUGCACUUCACUGACAAAGGAGAUAAAUGCUGCUGUAAAUAGUGUCACGAGCGGCAGGUUUUGUUGUACAAGAAAAUUGACGAGAAAGGAAGCAUUCUGUUGAUCUCUUCUCAUCCAAGUCCUCUCCUUGUGUGAAAACUCUUUGAGGAAGGGACAGUCAUCAAAGGAAUGAUCUAAACAGUGUGUGAAAAUCAACAUGUUCAAUAGUGGGGCCUUAAGCAGGGCUGCAUCCAAAAUGAUUUUGUAUUUUCUAGAUAAACUGUAAAAUAUUCAUGAGGAAUAUUUCAUGAGGAAUUUAAAAUUGUGAUGCCAACAGGUAAAAUAUUUAGUUCUUUUCAUUGUGAUUUUUACUGCUUUGAUUUUGUGGAAAUAUGUUAAUUGAAGAAUACACUGAGAUCUUAUAGAACACUGUCAGGUCAUGUACUUUUGUUGUCUUUUUUUUUGUCAGAUAAGGCCAUUCCAUAGCAUUAAUGAGUCAAUCAAACAAUUUAUUGAUGGAUUAUUUCAUCCAUCAGUCAGUCAUGUAUUUAUGAUGUUGCAUCCAGGAGAUUGAAUACUCUGUAUCCCACUGCCUUGUAGGAAACAUCCUGAUUUUUUCUUUUCAUCUUAUACACAUUUGUGUAUACAUGUACAUGCCAGAUCAAUCCUAACCACUGCUGUGGAAGACUAUGCAUCCCGCAUAAUGAUGAAGAAUCAUACCUGAUCAUUUUUGUUGCCGAACCAUAUCUCAGUUCAAAGUAAACUACAUGUAAACUGUGAACAUUGAAAAACUCAAAAAUGCCCUCAUGUUAU